AUGUCUGGAAAUGCCUGCGACGGUGUUAAGUGGUACUGCUGGGCCGUAUUCAGACAUUUCGUCGGCGAGUCCGGUACUUGGUUCGCAUCCAGCAUUGGAACCUCCGUGAGGCUUGUCGAAGUCAACCUCUGGAGUACAGAUGGGAAUGGCAAGCCGACGAAAGCAGAGUCGGUAUUCGAAGUUGUUGUGACGAAGGAGAUGUGCAAUCCGUUUGGGAUCUUGCAUGGCGCCUGCGCCGGCUAUUUGUUAGAUUACUGUUCAGUAACCCCCCUGGUCGCGCUUGGAUAUCAUAACGGCGAAGAUGGGACAGGCCUUUCGCAAUCUAUGAACAUCAUUUAUCACGGUGCAGCACCGAUAGGAUCCAAACUACGCAUCCCCUUCUUCCCCAACAAGAUUAGACGUGGGGUGCUCACUGCUGUUAAACGAGAUUAUGGUGCAAGCAAAAUUGUAGAUAAAUGCAAUAGAUUCCUUUUGCGUACAAUCCUCGGUCUUUCAUACUAUAUCGUCGAGUGUUAUCGCCAACAGCAGUGUGCCUCGGGCAUCUGA